GCUUGGGUGUUUCGUCAAUUGAUUACCGGAGUCACUUUUGUUUUGCCUUGUUUUCGUCUACCCCCACCCUUGCACUCUCCAAUGAUCACGAUGAAUAGCAGAGGAUCGAACAGCGGUGGUAACAGCGCGAUAGCCCUGCGGAGGCUGAUGACGGAAUACAGGCAACUCACCUCCGGAGGUUCACCUGAUGGGAUGUUCACUGCAGGUCCCAUAUCGGAGUCAGAUUUCUUCACUUGGGAGGCACUGAUAUGUGGUCCAAAGGAUACUCCCUUUGAAGGAGGUGUCUUUGUUGCUAAACUCACGUUCCCUACGGAUUACCCUCUCUCGCCUUUCAAGAUGCGAUUUGAGCCGCCCAUCUACCACCCCAACAUUUACCCCGAUGGCACUGUCUGUAUCUCCAUUUUACACACGCCGGGUGAUGACCCGACAAUGUAUGAACAAGCUUCGGAACGGUGGUCACCCGUCCAGAGUAUCGAAAAGGUCAUAUUGAGUGUUAUUUCGAUGCUAGCCGAGCCUAACCUCGAGAGCGGUGCCAACAUUGAUUGUUGUAAGCUAUACCGGGAGAACAAAGCAGAGUACGAACGCCGCGUUCGUGAAUCCAUCAAACAACAGCUCGGAUUGUGAAAUGCAGAGCCUUCCUCUUGUCAUAACUCGGUGGUACCGAAUGGGGAAGUUGGCGUAGGGAAGGAUUCAGGUUCGUUGUCGUGCGAGAGGGACGGGGGUACCCGAAGGAAGAUUUUUCACAUUUCAUACGGAUCGCUUACGGUCUUGACAGCCUAGAGGGCAUAAU